UGUUUGCAGCCUGUAUCUGCCCUUCUGCAGCCUCCUGGAUCCUUAGAAUGCUGGGAGGUUGGCCCUCUCAAUGAGAGCAUUCGAAUACAUCCUUGGACAACUCCAACCGUUUGCCCAUGUGAAGACUUCUGAGCGACCAUGGUGUUCUCGAAUCUCGACUACAGCGCAGGUUACUGUGUAUAUGCCACGAUAAUUUCAAUACAUGUACUUUUCAACAUCACAGGUCACAUCUUUACCACGUUGAUCCGCAUUAUAAAGAUGACCAAAGAGCAAAAGUCCUGGCCCUGGAUAUUCACUAAUGUGAGAGGGGAAUCUAGGAUCGGGAUAAGAGUAGUCCUGGAACGAGUUGGGGUCUUACUGUCCAAGAGACUGGGAAUAGCUUCAAACGCCCAACUAAUCAGGAAGGAGAACUAAAAAACUAAAAUCAGAAGACUUGCUAUAGGAUGCACAACUCGUGCGUGGAAAGUUCCCAUGAUACGUCAAUGCCAAGCGGACGAUAAAGUCAAC